AUGCCCUCAACGGACUUUCCAGGGACGCAGGUAACAACAUCCGGCCCUUCUUCACAAGUCCUCAUCGGUGUCAUAUCUGCAAUUACAGGCAAUAUAAUCAUUGCAGUAGCUCUUAACGUUCAAAGAUAUGCCCAUUUAAAACUACAAAGAUCUUCUUCUUCUUCUUCUUCUUCAAUCCAUCAUCACCAAUCUAAUAUUAAUAAUAAUAAUAACAACAACAACAACAACAACAAUAACAACAACAACAACCAACAUCCCAAACCCCCAGAAUUGAUUCCUAAAGAACCUUCAACUCUAGACAACCAAUCUUCAUCUCCUCAUCUUCUCACUCAGGAACAUCAAAAUACAAUACCUUCAUCAUCCUAUUAUUCAUACUCUCCAAAUUCUCUUUCUCCUAUAUCCUCUUCAAAUGACUCUCAGUCUACUCAAGAACCUUCAUCAUCAUUAGAUAACCAACUUAGCUACCUUCACAGUAGCCUUUGGUGGCUAGGAGCUUUGCUUAUGACGGCUGGAGAAACUGGGAACUUUGUAGCCUACGGAUUUGCUCCAGCUUCCGUUGUCAGCCCGCUGGGCGUGCUGGCUCUCGUAGCAAACUGUGUCAUUGCUCCUAUAUUUUUCCAUGAACGUAUAGCCCCACGCAAUCUUAUUGGGGUCGCAGUUGCAAUCUCAGGCAUUUUAUUCAUCAUUACAGCAACCUCUUCUCCAUCUUCUGACCCCUUCCCAGGAUUGUCUCCACGUCAAAGACUUUUAGCAGCAUUCUCAAGUAUUGGCUUUAAACUUUACGCGUCAGCAGCAACUAUAAUUGUGGCUGUUCUACUCGCUUACACGCGUGUCAAUCCAACCGCACACUUACUUUUCGCAAACCUGGCUCUCGUCGCAAUGUUUGGAGCUCAAACUGCGCUGGCAACAAAGGCCCUGAGUACCCUACUGGGCGCAUCAUUGGGUAGGGCCUUUUCAGACCCACUGGCAUAUGUGUUUGCUCUUGUAUUAGCACUUACAGCCGUUCUACAAGUCAUUUUCCUUAACAGAGCUCUUCAACAUUUCCGUGCAACCGUCGUCAUCCCUGUCCACUUUGUAUUUUUCACUCUUAGUGUCAUCACAGCAUCUGCAAUUACAUUCCGCGAUUUUGCUGGGGCUUCUGCAGGCCAGCGGCUCCAGUUUGCGUUGGGAUGUGCACUUACCUUUGUGGGUGUCUGGUUUGUUACUAGAGGAGGCGGGUCUCAGGAACAAGAUGAGGACGAAAACGAGCAAGAUUACGUAGCAGAACAGGCUCAUACAAGUCAACCGAAUGACCAGUCAAAUAUUCCGGAUAUUCCAAGAAUUGUUUUUUCGGAACCUUUGGACCCGGCAUGGCACCAACAAACUAAUCAUCACAAUCCCCAUAAUCCCCAUAAUCCCCAUAAUCACCACCAUAUUCUUAAACUGCAAUCGCCAGAUCCUAACGUUCUGUCGCCUUUGUUACUUCCUACGUUCUCUACCCACUCGCGGCGGGCCUCUGCGGCUACUGUCCGGUCUCUACACAAGGUAGUUUCCGGGUCAUCCAUGUAA